UCCUUAAGCGCAGCGUACACAUUUAAACCCACUGCGCCAAAGCUUGCCCAGGCAAAACGGAGGGAAAGAUUUAAGGAACUCCGCUUUAAGAAACGACUUUAGAAAGAGAACGAUUCCUGCCGUGGGUCAGGAAUCGACCAGCGAUCCACUCUGAUCAAGCGUGCCCACUUUUCAUCUCCGCAUCUUUUCCUGCCGUGCCGCAUACUGAAGAAACACACGCAAUGGCAGCCAUCCGUAAGAAGCUGGUGAUUGUAGGAGAUGGAGCGUGUGGGAAGACAUGUCUUCUCAUCGUUUUCAGCAAGGAUCAGUUCCCUGAGGUCUACGUGCCUACUGUAUUUGAGAACUACAUCGCUGACAUCGAAGUGGACGGCAAACAGGUCGAGCUGGCUUUAUGGGACACAGCAGGACAGGAGGACUAUGAUAGGUUGAGGCCAUUGUCCUAUCCAGACACAGACGUCAUCCUCAUGUGUUUCUCCAUAGACAGUCCUGACAGUUUAGAGAACAUUCCGGAGAAGUGGACACCAGAGGUGAAGCAUUUCUGUCCUAAUGUUCCCAUCAUCCUGGUGGGGAACAAGAAAGACCUGCGCAAUGAUGAACACACUCGCAGAGAGCUAGCCAAGAUGAAGCAGGAGCCAGUGAAGCCGGAGGAAGGCAGAGAUAUGGCUAACAGGAUCAGCGCUUUUGGUUAUCUGGAGUGCUCUGCUAAAACUAAAGAGGGUGUGCGGGAGGUGUUCGAGAUGGCCACCAGGGCAGCCCUGCAGGUCCGCAAGCGCAAGAAGAGAAGCGGCUGUCUGCUGUUAUGAGUCACACACACAGACACACACACUUUUGCCAAGUGCUCAAGGAACAACAUUAACUGACGUCAUCGCUGUACUGUAUUCUGCAUUUCAUGCACCUGUGACAGAGACUGACGCGCGAGAAAGCAACCCACCUGUGCUCUUAAACUUUGUGUAUGCACACAGAUCUCUCCUGCCAUCUCUGACUUUCCUUUUCCUCUAGCAGUAUAUCCUCCUGUGUCCGGAAGAAAGAUGGAUCGAUUUGAUUUUGUAUGUCUUUAUACAGAAAGUCUCUUCUUUCUUCUCUCUCCUCAUUCCAUGUUGUAUUCAGACAUUGCUUCUUUAUGUAUUGUUUACUUAUUUGGAGUGGCCCAAUUUUCCCUGACAUUUGGAAAAUGAACAAGAAUACAUUUAUUAUUCCAUCAAA